AUGAGUGAAUUGGAAGCUAUGGAAGACAAACAAGGAGAACCAAGGGAAGAACAAGAACAGAUGGCCUGCCUGUAUACCAUAAGAACAACAGGAGGCUGCCUUCCUUGCCCCACUCCACUACUCCUCAGCUCGUCUUUCUUAACCAUAUUUCUAUUUCCCGAUUGGAGGCUUAGCUGGGUAAGAACUGAUCCCCUGCCUGCUCGCAUCUGGGGCAAGGACUACUUUUCCAAAGGGCCGAAAGAAAGGGAAGAACUACAGAACAGAGGGACAACUCCUGCCAUAUUGUACUAUGCAAGACUUUGCCCAUCUUUCCCGACCAGCAUAUUCAUCUUCCCACCAGACUUGGAAUCCUUUCUCCAAAGCCUGAAUCCGAACAACGAGGACUGGGCAAUUCUCAAGAGAGAGGACUGGCCAGACUGUGAGAAAGAGAAAAGCAAUGGACAUAGGUUCGGAAAGCUUGUUCAGACCCAGGUAGCGAACAUAGACCAGAAGAGCUUGACGGGCAUGGAUGACCAGCCACCACCGAUACUGGUUGUGCACACCAGUGGGAACCUGCUGUUUGGAUUGAGACAAGAAAGGAAGACAUCAAGAGUUGUUCUCCAAACUACUCCUCGGUCUUGCGGAGGCUCUGACAAGAUAGGGGGAUUCAGAGCCAUAAGGCAAAAGAAUGAUCAAGGUCUCUCUCACCUGGAAAUAUCAUCCAAUGAACUAACGAGUUUACUGAAAGAUGAAAUAUCCCCGCAAAAGCUAGGGAAAUCAAAGCCCAAUCAGCGGGCUCACCAGCACACCUCCAAUCCCAGACCCAUCACUGUCACGCACAAUCCCUCCGGCAGAAGCCAGACCUUAAUCUUUCACCGCCCCAUCCGAGUUAAGCAUCAUAGUUCCCACAUCAGGGGGCUGCCAGCGUACCCACUUCGGCUGACGAACCACCGUCUUGGCGCGACUUGA